AUGGGAGGCUGGCAGGAGGAUUCUUGGCGCUGGGAUUUGGACAUUUCAGGAGACAUGCUGCUGGAAGAUCCAACAGAUUUGAUGGAAGUUAUGGAACUUUUGGAAAUUUUAGCUUCAGCAAAACCUGUGGAAAGGGAGAAUGAUAGUUUUAUAUGGUGGCCGGCAGAGGAAGGAGCAUUCACCGUGAAAAGCUGCUAUCUAUCAUUGCGGGACAGACUCGAGGAAGACACGGUAGAAGCGAAUAAAACAACAGCAUUGAACUUGAUUUGGAAAUCUCAAAUUCCGUCAAAACUAAAGGUAUUCGGGUGGAGAGUGCUUCUUGAUAGAUUGCCGUCGAAAAUUCAAUUGGCAAGGAGAGGCAUAAUUCUGAAUGAACAAGAUAAAAUGUGCGUUUUCUGCGGGACUGAGUUGGAAGACUUAGAUCAUGUGUUGUUCUCUUGCUCAUUUUCCAAAAAUGUGUGGAAUAACAUAGGAAGUUGGUUACAAAUUCAGAUGGUGGAGGGGGGGGCUGGCAUUUAUCACUUAGAACAGUGUAUUAUAGCUCUCAAGGGGAAAGUAAAGAAGAAGAAAAUAUGUUUACUCUGGCUGGCAACUAUAUGGAUAAUCUGGAAUGCAAGGAACAAGCUUUGUUUUGAGAAUGAACCUUGUGUAUUAGAGGACUUGGUCGCGAAUAUAAAAGUGGUGUCGUGGAUUUGGCAAGCGAUAGGUUCGCGAAAUAGAAGAUGUUCUUCUUUUUAUAAUUGGGUGCACGCACCUCUGGACUUCAUUAAUUUGUAA